GGAAUGUCAGGUGAGGCUGGGGUUAAAUACCUGAGGAGAUUAGGGGGGCGGUGCUUCUUUCCUGACAGAGACGGCUCCCCGACCUUUGAGACUAGCACGGUGGAAGAGACAACAGGAGGCAGAUAAAGUAGCCUAAAGACCAACAUGUCUACAGAUUUCACUCAGGACAGUGUGUUACAUUUCCUCCAGAGCAGCGGAGGCUCCGUGAAAAACUCGGAUCUGCUUCUGCACUUCAGAAGCUUUAUCCGAGAUCAUGCGGACCGAGACAGAAACCGGGAGCUCUUCAAGAAGUUUGUCAACUCUGUGGCCAUUGUCAGACAGGAGAACGGCGUCUCUUACGUCGUUCUCAAGAAGAAAUUCAGGGGACAGGCACCGGGAGACGGCGUAGUGGGCUCCACGGGGCCGCCGCGGCUCCCUGCUGACAAAAAGACCGAGCCCUACACGGAGAGUACCAACCUGAGCCCGGCUGCGAGCGCGGAGAAGGCUCGACUAAGAAAACUACAGCCGUGGGAGGUGUCAUCCGCCCUGUCGGGGGAAACCGCCAGCAAAACAAUCCUCCCCGCAGCUGGAAUCUUGCUCAACAACAAAGUGGAAACGAAUUUUAACCUGAAACGACAGCAACAGGUAAAAAGCACAUCUGAACUUUCUGGCAGACCAGGAGCAGCAGCAGCUCAGGUGGUGUGUCAGGUCUCAGAGAAAGCAGAACGGGAGACCCCCAGGAUGACUGAGCCUGCUGCACGAGAUCAGUGCACUGCGUUGGGACAGCAGAGAGGGGGGUAUGUUCCCCUUCCUGGGGUCACACCAGUGGUCCCUGCAGUCAGACAUCUGGGAGAAACCAGUCAGCAGGUCCCAGUCCCUCAAAUCCUGGAAGGGAGGGAAGCCUGCCUGCAGUCUGAAGGACGUCUUCAUCAAGGGGUUCCUCUUCAUCAUGUCAGUCUUGAUCCUCAGGUCACCCCACGCCGCGUCAGACACAGGGCCAGCUACAAAUCUGCAGUCUCAUUUGAUGAGGAGGAGGAGGAAGAUGAGGUCCCAGUGAGGCCAGGAUCAGCAGGAGGAGAGUGGCCCCUAAGUGAUCCUCUUGGAGAUACAGUGAAGACCAUCUUCACCUCCUCACCUUGCGUCAUAGAGUCGCCUGCGCCUCCUUCUGUUGUUUCCUCCUCCUCCUCCUCUUCAUCAGAAAGGAAAGUCCCUAUGAUUUUUGUGCAGAAUGUUGAAGAGGAAGCACUGCCCCCUGGUGGCCCAAGGAGCUUUGAGGAAGGGGUGGGGCUUAGAGGACAUUGGGCGGGGUCAGAGCUGGAACCCAUGUAUGUAUCAGGGGAGUCAGUGACCACCAGAGGCAGUCUACCUUUAGAUCGAACUAAAGACCCUGUGCCCCCUGGUGAUAUCCACCAGGACCGCCAAAACUCGCAGCCUCCAGUGGUGCAGCCGGGACCCUGGCAGGGGCUGCAUCAGAACCAAAGGGCGUGGUUGUCCUCUAGCCAGGGCAGCCUCUUCUCCCCCUCAUCUGAUGCUGGCUUCUCCAGCAGCGGCUGGCCACCCUCUGGCUCCUCCAGGGGAUCAGGGCAGAACAGCAGCUACGAGGAUGUAAGGGUUAAAGCAGGGAAGACUGGGAGGGUAGAUAAAGUCCAAGAAGUACUCCAGCGAGCCCAAAGGACCAAGCUGGUGUCUAUGACACAUGAAGACAGCAAGCUUGCAGCAUCACCUUGGCAUCACUCUACAGGAAAUAUCUAUGACGACCAGGAGCCCACAGCUCGUUUGCAACCGUUCCAUCAAUCUAUGGACCAUCUCCAUGUUGACCAGUACUCUACAACCCAUGUGUUGCCAUGGCACCUGUCCACAGAUGAGCUCUCUGACAACCAUGAGGAGGAGGAGUUGAGUGAGGGCUCCACCUCCACGCCUCAGUUGCGGCAGCGUCCGGCGGUUACCAGGCGGCUCAGCAGCCAUUUGAGAAACAGGAUGUGCCGCAGCCUAGGGGCUGACCUCGACCAGAUUGUCCAGGAGGAGGUAAUGGGAGGGGGAGGAGGAAGUGAGGUUGCCCGACUGAACCGCCUCCACCUGAUCUCAUCCUCACUAAGCCUUCGCACCAACCUGUCUUCUUCCUCACUGUCAUCCUGUUCCACGCCACCACACAACCACAGCUUUGCUGAGCUGGUCGAGGGGGCAGACCGUAGAGCGGGGAGGAGGAGCCUUCCCUCCACUGGUCACACCGAAGGCACCAGUAGGCAGUCAUCAGUUCCUCUGGAGACCAGGGAGCAUGCCUGGCUGGUAAAGGGGGCUGCAGGCUCCUGGACUGACAUCUACGCCCUUUUCAGAGAGGACUCGUCCCUGCUCAACAGACACGACUUCAUCUCUGGCUUCACUGUGCUGCACUGGAUCGCUAAACACGGUGACCAUCGAGUUCUCAACACCUUAUGGUAUGGAGUUGAAAAAUCCGGUCUGACCUUUGACAUAAAUGCCAGGUCAACAUGUGGCCACACGCCCCUCCACAUUGCCGCCAUCCAUGGCAAUAAGAACAUAAUGCGGUUGCUGGUUGCAAAGUUUAACGCUGACGUGAAGCUGAGGGACAUAGCGGGAAAGAAGCCCUGGCAGUACCUGAGCCCCACCAUACCACCGGACAUGUUUGAGCUGCUGGGAGCACCGGCGCGGGCUGCUCUGGGAGAAGUUGGGACAGUAGACCACGGCUGGGUACAACAACAACAGCAGCGCCGGCGACUGCGGCAUAAUAUCUCCUCGGCUUCAUCAGGACAGAGGCCGUUGACUGUUGCAGGCACAACAAAGGUCAAAAGAUCGUCAUCGAUCGCUGCAUUCCUUAAACAUAAAUCACUGCAGCUGCAGGCAUUUCAGGGACAUCAGUCUGACUCCUCAGUUUAAAAACGCCACGUUGGAUUUUGUUUGGAGAGUUCUGAAACCUGACUGGUUCACCGACCACAUGGCUGAAUGGCUGAUAGGUGGCCAGUUAGCCAUAAACAGCAUUUAAUUUUGAGUUGAAUCACAGCACAGCCAAGAUCAUACAGCAGCUAAUGGUUUGCUACUUGUGUUCCACUGUCAGAUAUACAAUGCGUGCUGGUUAUGACCUUGUAACAAGUUCAGAA